GCUUCCAUAAGCAAAAGAAACAAAAAACAUAGCAGCAAAGCUUCAAUUUCCGCUUCCUUCAAUUUUUGAACAAGCUUCUCGCUUCCCUAGCUUAGCACCUACAUCACAGAUCUUUAACGAUAAAAUAAAAAUGGAUCCAAACGCGGUGAAGUCCACUCUCUCCAAUCUGGCGUUUGGAAACGUAAUGGCAGCAGCUGCCCGUGAUUAUCAGAAGGAAUUGCUUGCUCAAGAGAAGACUCAAGGAUCAAGUUCAGUACAUGAGGAGGUUGACCUUGACGAGUUAAUGGAUGAUCCUGAGUUAGAAAAAUUGCAUGCAGAUAGGAUUGCAGCUCUUAAGAAAGAAGCAGAGAAACGGGAGGAAUGGAAGAAGAAAGGUCAUGGGGAAUUCAGGGAAGUAACCGAGGGUGAUUUCUUAGGUGAAGUCACUGGAAGUGAAAAAGUGAUUUGUCACUUCUACCAUAGGGAGUUCUAUAGAUGCAAGAUAAUGGAUAAGCAUUUAAAGUCUCUUGCACCAAUGCAUAUUGAUACGAAGUUCAUCAAGCUUGAUGCAGAGAAUGCACCAUUCUUUGUUACAAAACUGGCUAUCAAGACUUUGCCUUGUGUCUUGUUGUUCAGACAAGGAGUAGCAGUAGAUAGAUUGGUAGGAUUUCAAGAUGUGGGAGGUAAAGAUGAUUUUACCACAAGAACGCUGGAAGCUCUUCUGAUAAAGAAAGGUAUAAUUGAGGAGAAGAAAGCUGAGGAUGAUGAAGAUGAUGAAUAUAUAGACAGUACACGUAGAGUCGUUAGAUCCUCCACAAUUGCUGGUUCUGAUUCUGAUUCUGAAUAAAAUUAAUCAGUUGGUGGCAUUAAAAGAAAAAUCUGCUGUUUAUCUUCAUUUCCUUUUGGAUUUUGGGCUUGUAUAAUCUUUGUUGCACUUUUGGUUUGUUUGCUUUUGGGAAGUGGUUUGAAUCCAUUGCAAUCAUACAGAAGCUAUGCUGCGCUACAACUGUUGUAUCAUGUGUGAACCUGUUGUCCCUGUAGGAAAUUGCUAACGUUUCUCACAUCCAAGGGUGUCAAAAGUUAGAACUUCCAAUUUGUAACGUAAGAGAUUGAUAUAAAUUAUCUGGAUUUAAGUAUUGUUCAUUAAUGUGAAUUCAUUAGAACUUUA